AUGAAAAUCUUAAAGACAAAAGAUGAAUAUAUAGAACCACCACGUAAGAAAAAAAAAACCAAAAAAAAGACUAGUUCCAGUCUGUUCACUGUUGUUAGUUUGGACGAUCCAAAACAUAAUGAACAAAGACCAGUUAAUAAAGGAGUUGUAGAAUUUAGAGAUAAACACUUCUAUGGUAAAAGAUUACCAAGAAAAAAUACCAUCUUGAAUAUUAGUCAGGGAAGUUUUGGUAACGUUCCCGCAAUUAGGUUUAAGAGAAAAUAA